GGAAACAGGUGCGUAAAUGUGUGCAUCUUUUCUGGAAAUUCCUUCUCAUUUUGAUUGAAAAGAGCUGAAAAACAAGUGUUUUCCAUCAUGGAGACAGAUUUUCUACAUGUGUUCAUUGUUGAGCUCAGCAGGAUUUCUGUGACAGUCAGCCUUCUUCUCAUGUUUCUGGGUCUUCUUUACUGGUACUCAGUUUACCCGUUCUCGGUCCUCUCUCGAUGUGGAAUCAAACAUCCAAAGCCGGUCCCUUUCUUUGGUAAUUUGCUCAUGUUACGUCAGGGGUUUUUCAAACCUCUCACUGAUCUUGUAAAGACACAUGGCAGAGUAAGUGGAUAUUAUUUUGGUCGGAAGCCAGUGGUAGUGAUCGCAGACCCUGAUAUGCUCAGACAGGUGUUAAUUAAGGACUUCAGUAACUUCACUAACAGAAUGUCCCGUGUUUCCACCAAACCCUGGGAAGACUGUCUGCUCAUGUUGAGGGAUGAACGCUGGAGGAGAGUUCGGAACAUCCUGACGCCAACAUUCAGUGCUGCCAAGAUGAAAGAAAUGGUUCCUCUCAUCGACACAACCUCGGAUGUUCUGAUGAACAACCUGAAUGUCCAUGCGGAGUCAGGAGAGGCCUUUGACAUCUACAAAUGUUUCGGCUGCUUUACCAUGGAUGCUAUUGCCAGUGUGGCUUUUGGCACGCACGUCGACUCACAGAAAAACCCAAAAGAUCCAUUUGUCCGCAACGCUCAGAUAUUUACCAGCAUGUCUCUUUUCAGGCCCAUUAUGCUGCUUAACAUGCUUUUCCCUGCUAUCAUGUAUCCUCUGGCAAGCUUGAUCCCAAACAAAAAGAGAAAGCUGACAGACAGUUUCUUCAUCCGCAGUAUUAAGGAGAUGAUCAAGCUGAGAGAGGAACAGUCCCCUGAUCAGGCAGGUAAAGAGGGCAGCGAGUGA